GGAUCUAAUCGGUUUCGGGUUUAAUCGGUUCGGAUAUUAUCGGUUUCGGAUCUAAUCGGUUUCGGAUUUAAAUCGGAUAUGAAUUAUUUAGUUCGGUUUCGAUCUUGCCUUGAAAAGAAGUUCCAAGCGCAGCAAGAAAACUGUUGUAAUGGCUUCACCGAUUCGAAGAAGCGGCGCGAUAGAUUGCAACUUGCAGAGAUUAAGAAAAGGCCAAAAGUACACGCUGUGCAUGUCGACCUGGGCGAUGAUGACGAAGAUUCUGUGGAAGAUGGUGGUGCAAAUGGGAAUGAUAAUGCAGGUUCAGAUGUGUCUGGAGAUGAUGCAGUGAGUGGGGGAGAUGAAGGUGGGAAUGCAGAAGAGGAGACUGACAGUGAUGAUGCAUUUGAUGACCCACCUCGGAAGACAUCAACUGACCCUUCACCGAGUGCUUCGAGGAAGAAUGUUGCAACAGUAAAGAAACGAAAGAGGGAGGGGAUAACCAAAUUGAAGGAGAAGUACCUGCAAAUUCAGUUGAUAGCUUCUCCCAACGUUUUGCAAAAAGUGGUUGAAGCUCUGAAUGAAGUUCAGAGGCGAGAAGUUGUGAGGAUUGGGUUUGGGUCUAUGUUAAAGAUCAAGUUAACAGAGCUUCCGGCGAAACUAGGAUUUUGGGUGGUAGAGAAAUUCAAUCCUAGGAGUAGCAGUAUUGAACUUACAGAUGGAACGAAGGUGCGUGUUACGGUGGAUGAUAUUAGACAUGUUUUGGGUUUGCCGUGUUGGCGUGAUAAGGUAGUCAGCAAAAAAAAAGGUGAGAAGUGUGAUAUACUGGAGCAGUUGAGGGUAGAGAUCGGAAGGAGAGACAACAAGAUCACCCCUUUAGAGCUUAGUGAAAAGGUACUGCAAUAUACUGAUGGUGGUAUAUGGUUUGUUCGUCUUUUUGUGUUGUUAGUCGUGUCAGUUUUGGUUGAUAGCCCGAGCCAUGGGUACGUAAACAAUUGGGUGUUGAAAAGCUUGGAGGAUGUGGAUGGGAUUGCACAGUUAAACUGGUGUGAAUAUGUGCACCGAGCAUUGAUUGACAGUAGAGUGAAGUGGGAGAAGGGGAAUAGAAAAUACUAUACUGGACCUCUAUUGUGCUUGUUGGUGUUCUACGUGGACCGAGUGGUGCUCUAUAGUAGAGACGUUGAGAGAAUGUCGCCUGCAUUUCUGGGAUGGACAUCUAAGAUCCUAAGGGAUGGGGAAAACAAUGAGGUCAGAGCAGGUGGAUUCGGGUUAGGGUAUGAUGAUGGUAGAUUUGUUGGUGAGGUUUUUGUUCAAAAGUUUGCAGAAAAGGGGAGAGUUCUGGCUACCACAAUCAUUGACCUAGUGUCGUUGAUUGAGAGUGCACCACAAGGUACCAUGGAGAAUGAUGUGUUCAAGCAGCUGCAGCUUGCAGCGGGUAGAUUAUUGGGUCUGGCACAACGUAGAGGUGGUGGAAGCUUAGAAACACCUGAUGGAGGUUUUUUUGAGGUGACUUAUGAUGAAGGUUUCUGGAGCGACCCUGCAAACAUAGAUCAGUUGGUGGCGAAUGAACAGGCAGUGCUGGCACGUUCAAAAUACAAGAAGAUCAUGGAGGAUAUGCCAUCGUUCAGUCUGGGGUUCUUGCAAUUGGGUGGAGAGAAUGAGAAUGUGAAUAUUGAUGGUGGUGAUAUCGGUGCUUGCAGAAAUACACCGAGCACUCCUGCAGUUCGGGUUGUGAAUGAGCCGGAGAGUAACCCUGGAGUUGAAAAUGAUUUCAUAACACCUGGAGAAGUGCAAUUUGAUAGGGAUUUGGCUGGUGGAAGCAGGAAUCAGCCGGACAGGAUUGGUAUGACAGCGGUGAAGCCAUUCAAUGCAGCAAGGAAGUUGUCUAGGACAUUAAAACCUGCGGGCCCUUUGAGAUCACCCUACCUUACACGACCGAUAGAUCCUUCCGAUGGGUUAUUUAUCAUGGAGAGGAGGGUGACGAAUUGGGUGUUGCAGAAUCCAAAUGCUCCAAAGGAUGAAGCUGUUUUCGUGAAGGAUGGAUUAGAGUUGACAAGAGGUAAAUUUGCGUCAUUAGAUAUUGGGAAACAUAUUUCCAAGAGGGUGAUAGAUGUGUGGUCAAUAAUACUCAACCACAAUGUGAAAUUCAGAAGUGAUGAAUCCCCAUUGCGUGUGUUUGCUAGGAGCAUGGAUUGUGUUGCAAAUGGGGAUAUAGUCGAUGUGUCUGAGGCGAACAUGAAGAACAUGUUUGCGAAUGCGCUGCUUCCUGCGUGGGAUGACAUGGCAGAUGAUUUCAACUGGGGGAAAGCUGAACUGGUGAGGUUGUUGGGUGAUUUUAUUGAGCAGCAGAGGUUUGUUUACAAAGGUAAAUGUGUUAGAGAAAUGGUUGCUAAGAGAAUUACGUUCCCUUGGAGAGAUCCGAAGGCUACAUUUGACUAUGGUGUGGCAACCAUGCGUCAUAUGGAGACGUAUAUGGAGGAUGGUGGCAAGGGAUGGAACAGUGGCUUGUCGAAGUUAAAUCUGAAGCCUAUGUUGUUGCUGCGAUGCAAGUAUUGUGCAUGUAUACUUCUAAGCCCAGUUAAUGCACUGUUGGACAAGUUAAGAAGUGGUUUGGAGACCACAAGGGUAAAUGUUGAAUUAAAUUUGGAGAAUCAGGUCAGUAUAUUUGAGGUUGCUACUUUUUUUGAUUCUGAAUUAGAAUCUAAAACUGAGGUAAUUGUUUCUCCUUUCCAAUCACAUAAUAACAUGGCAACUUUAAGGGAACUAGCUGCACCUGACCUUCAGACCCAGCCCAUAUCCAUUACUUAUGCUAUUUUGGAAAAGCCAUUGAAAUUAAACUCUGGAUUUUUGAAUAUGCUUCCCAAGUUUCAUGGCCUGCCUGGUGAAGACCCUUAUAGACAUGUUAAUGAGUUCCUCAUAACAUGUGCAGCCAUGGAACCUCAAGGAGUUCCUCAAGAGCAAAUCAGACUUAGGGCCUUUCCCUUUUCAGUGAUGGACAGAGCAAAAGAUUGGCUGUACUAUAUGCCUCCUGGGUCUUUUACAACCUGGCCAUCACUGCAUAGGGCAUUCUUAGAGGAGUUCAUUCCUGCCUCUAGAAUAGGAUCUAUUAGGAAGGACAUCUGUGGGAUAAAACAACUGGGGAAUGAAUCAUUUUCUAAAUAUGGGAAGAGAUUCAAUAAACUUUGUGCUAGUUGUCUUCAGCAUCAAAUCCUUGAACAGCUGCUCAUCCAGUACUUCUAUGAAGGGUUAUCCCUAAUGGAUAGAAGUAUGGUAGAUGCUGCCAGUGGUGGUGCUUUAGUUACUAAGACCCUAGAGGAAGCUAGGAAUUUGUUCAAUCUUAUAUCUCAGAACACACAGCAAUUUGGACUUAGGAUUAAUGAACCAAAAAAGGAAACUGAAUCUCUUGCAGCCCUCACUAAUCAGAUUGCCAAUCUCACCAAAAUUAUGGGUCAAAUGGUUAGUGUGGGGGGAAUUAAGGAGUCAGUUUGCUCUGUGUGUAGUCUAGAAGGGCAUACUUCAGAAGUGUGUCCCAGUUUUCAAAAUCAAAUGUUUUCAGCUCCUGGUUUUCAAUUUGAAAAUUUUCAAAAUUGUGAGGUCAAAGCUGCUUUUAACAAUCAAGGACAGAGAAGGCUUGAUGACAGAAUCUGGGAUAUGGAGAACGCCUUCACCAACAUCAUAAUGCUUCAAAGUCAUACCUUGGUCAGGGUCCCUAUUACCUUUGAAGAGGUCAGCAAAGGUAACGGGUUUGGCAGCAGCCUUCUCUGGUUCAGGCAUAUUGUCAAGCACCUGGGGGGUGUUCUGCUCAGUAGUAUUCCCCACCUGAGGAGCGCGUUCUGGGACAACUUCAACAAAAGGAGGGGACGUUGCAGACGAGGAAGAAGAAGUCUGGGCCCGCUCUUUCUCAAGUGCUUGCAUAGCUAUGUCCGUAGCCAAGCUGGAAGCCUUCGUAGCAUCUUCUUCAGCCCCGUUCUUCUUAGGGCUUCUGGGAACCUUCCUCUUAAUCUUCUUACCACUUUGGGCUUUGCCGGAACCCAUAGCAGCAGGGGGAAUCAGAGGGAGUGGCCAAGAAACAUUGGAGAAGAAAGUGAACAGUUACCUGCUCAACCAUUUCCUGCUCCUAAGGAGAAUGUGAGUGUUGUUGUCCUUAGGAAUAACAAGGUACUUCCUGAACCUUCCUUAGGGAAUGUUAGAAGGGAUCAGGAAAUUAUUGAAAAGGAACUUGACUCACAGAAAAUCCAAGAACCUGAAUUGGUUAAAAAUAAAUCUAUUGUGACUCCUGAUACUCCUAGGGCAGUUUAUAGACCUCAGCCACCCUUCCCCAGUAAAUAUCAGAAUCAAAGGAAGAACAGUAAAGAACCAGAUGAUGAAAUAUUUGAUGUGUUUAAAAAGGUUCAAGUGAACAUUCCUCUUUUAAAUGCAAUAAAAAAUGUUCCAAAAUAUGCAAAAUUUUUGAAAGAGAUGUACACUAAUAAAAGAAGGCUGAAAGGGGAUGAGAGGGUAAACAUUAGUGAAAAUGUAUCUGCCAUCUUUCAAAAGAAACUUCCACAGAAAUGUCAGGAUCCUGGUGUGUUUUCUGUGCCUUGUAAGAUUGGAAAUUUGGAGAAUACCAAGGCUUUACUUGAUUUAGGAGCAUCCAUCAAUGUCAUGCCUAGGGAGUUAUUUGACCAAUUGGGGGUAGGAGAACUAAAAGAGACUGGGGUAGUUAUUCAACUUGCUGACAGGAGUUUGACUUACCCAGAAGGGGUGGUUGAGGAUGUUUUAGUCCAAGUCAAUGACAUGCUCUUUCCUGCUAACUUUUAUGUCCUUAACAUGGGAAAGGAUUAUUCAGGCAUCCCUCUCCUUCUGGGUAGACCAUUUUUGAAAACUGCUAAGGCCAAAAUUGAUGUUGAUGCAGGAACUUUGUCCUUAGAAUUUGAAAAUGAAGUUAUUAAGUUUAACAUUUUUGAAGCAAUGAAGUUUCCUGAUCAACUCAAUCAAGUUUUUACAUUAGACAUCAUUGAUGAAAUGGCACAAGAUGUUUUUCAAUUAUCAAAUCAGGAUGAGCUUUUGAGUGUGGUGUCCAAUAGUCUGGAUCCUGAAUCCUUGAAAUUCUCUCCAUACACUACUGUACUAGCAGCAUUGAACAGGGAAGCUGGUUCCCUUAUGGAACUAGUGAUGAACCUCUGUCCCCUACUUCAUGUAGUUUAAGGAGAGUGGGGGGUGUGAUGUGCUAGUUAGGAGGUGUGUUAUGGUGAUUGUGUGAUUGGGACCAGACCAAUGGCACUGAGGACAGUGCCAUACCUUAAGUGUGGGGGGGUAGACUUGGUUGGUUUUAGGUUGUAAGCUUAACCCCAUUCCCUCUAGACACAGUAGGUUGCAUGCUCCCUUUAACCUUCAGUGAUGUGUGUGCUUCUUUCUGGAUUUGGGAUUAAACCAAACCAUCAAUCAUGGUCUCCAAUUCUCAGCUAAGUUGUGGAGGACCAAGUAUAGGAAGGGAAAUGCUUCUUAGAAUGUCUGAAUGAAUAUUGCUUCUGUCU